AUGGACACGGGAAGACUGAAGACCCGUCAAAAUGUCGGCACACCGAAGACGACCCCUGUUGGUGACGUCACGACCAAACAGCUGCUUCGAAGUCGACACCGAUUUUCGCGAGAACACUUUUUAUUGCCUUGUUCCUUGUUCGACAAGCUGGCAGCAGAACACAAUUGCCUACGCAUCAAACUUCUAGGCGAUUGUUACUAUUGCGUUUCUGGACUGCCGGAGCCACACCCGAAUCACGCACACUGCUGCGUGGAAAUGGGACUUGACAUGAUUGAAGCGAUUGGGUUGGUUCGGGAAGUCACUGGCGUCAAUGUGAACAUGCGAGUUGGAAUUCACAGUGGACGAGUUCAUUGCGGAGUUUUAGGCCUUCGAAAAUGGCAGUUCGACGUUUGGUCCAACGACGUGACACUCGCGAAUCACAUGGAAUCUGGAGGAAUUCCGGGAAGGAUUCACAUUACAAAAGAAACGUACCAGUACUUGGGGCACGAUUAUCGAGUGGAAGAAGGGAAUGGUGCUUCGAGGAACUCGUAUUUACGGGACCACAACAUUCAGACAUUCCUGAUUGUCAAUGACCAAGAAUUUCGAGACCAUCACGCAAGAAAAACUGCAGCUUUGGCAGUAAAUGGCAACUUUAGCAAGGAAGGGAAAAUCCGACGCCAGAGAAUGCAAGGGCACAUUCACAGCAGGCUGGGUUAUGGGGACGAAGAGAAUGAUUUCUCGAAAAGGCCUGAAGCCGAGGUAAACGAGUACCUGUCGAGAGCCAUCGAUGCCAGAAGCAUUGACCAGCUCCGGACGCAACAUUGCAAACCACUGCUGCUGAUGUUCAAAAAUCAUAAGGUCGAGGCAAAGAGUCCUGUUGAAUCGUUGGAGAUUAUUUCCGAUGCAAUAUUUGAUCCUUUCCGAACCACGUUCAAAUUUCGACGACGCACGUCGCUUCCGUUGAUUAGUGUGCUCCUGGGAGGCGGGAUAAUGACGCUGGUGUCUGCGCUGUUGGUGCUGGGCGAGCUUAUUCCGGCAAUGCCGGCUCCACUUGCAAAAAUUUCUUCCGUGAUCUGCACGAAUCGAACUCUUUCCGCCAUACUCGCUGCGCUCUGCAUUUGCGCGUCUUUUGCGGUAGCUGUGCUUCCCAGGCUGAUAGAAUUCCUGGAGAGUGGGGGUAGGUGCUCCCUGCGGGGUCUCCGCCAGCCGCAGAGCAUCCUCGUCGGAGGCGUUGACGACGGAAGUUCCGGAACCACUUUUUCCGGAUGGAGGAACGCGUCGUCGACACCGACAGUGACAUCGACAGACGACGAGUUGUGGGGCGCAUUGCCGGCUUCGUCUGUCGAGGCCGGCUUCGUUUCCUUCUCUUCCAACCGCAGCCACGGGGUCGCGGAAAUCUGGAAUUGUCCUUAUUCCGACUACACCAUGCUGAGCUUGCUGCUUGUCAUGGUCUCCUGCUCCGUCUACCAACUGAUGACAACGAUCACCAAGAUGGCAAUUUUGGGCAUUCUCACGUUCGGCUACGUUAGCUAUAUCCUGGUCAUCUCCAUCACCCACUUUGACGAGGCCGAAGUGCAUCUUCCGUGGAACGACGGGACGACGAAGGAGACGGCCAUGUCCCGGGCAAACACUGAACCGGAAAUAAUUAUUUGCAGAGUGCAGACCCCGGCUUUGACGUCGACGUACCCGACGAUAGCGAUUAUAUUCGUGUUCCUUCUGGCCGUGUUGAUACACGGGGGCCAGACCGAGUCCAUUUCCAGGCUCGAUUUUCUCUGGAAGCUGCAGGCAACCGAGGAAAAUGAGGAAAUGGAGAAACUAAGGGCCUACAACAGAAAGCUUCUUGCGAACAUUUUGCCUGAGCACGUGACGGAGCAUUUCAUGACCGAACGCCGCCCAGACGACUUGUACCACGAACAAUGCGAAUGCGUUUGCAUCGUGUUCGCUUCGAUCCCGAACUUUUCGGAGUUCUACGUCGAACUAGAAGCUAACAAUGAGGGCGUCGAAUGUUUGCGACUUUUGAAUGAAAUCAUCGCCGACUUUGACGACAUCCUCAGCGAAGACCAGUUUAGGUGCAUCGAGAAGAUUAAAACCAUCGGGUCCACUUACAUGGCCGCCUCAGGCCUGACUAAAUCUACCUGUGAUAUGCAAGAUUUCUCUCAUGUGACGGCUGCAGCGGAUUACGCGCUGCGAUUAAAAGAUCAAUUGGAAUACGUCAAUCAACAUUCCUUCAACAAUUUCAAAAUUCGAGUUGGUAUUAGUAUGGGACCUGUUGUUGCUGGGGUAAUUGGUGCUCGGAAGCCUCAGUACGACAUUUGGGGGAAUGCUGUCAAUGUCGCCAGUCGAAUGGAAUCUACUGGUGUUCCUGAUCGAAUCCAGACCACUCAAGAGGUGUUCCAGAUCCUAGCAAAGAGAGGCUACCCGAUGUCCUGUCGGGGAUCCAUUCAAGUCAAGGGCAAAGGCGAGAUGAUCACCUACUUCCUCAACGGGAAACGGGCGGAACUGAGUCGGAAAACGUCGCAGCAGUCCAACAUGAACUCUGGACACAAACACGGCACCGGCACGUUGUCACCUGUCGAGUCCGUCGUGUCCACUGCGUCCAUCGUUGCUGGAAGCAUGCCGAACGUCGACGCCGCGCAGCGCGAAGCCCUGGCCAGAAACAAUUCCGCGUCGAGUGGCGUCGGCGCCGCGGCCGCCGCCGCCGCCGCCGCGAGACCACCUCGAGUCGUCCCGACUGCUGCUGCGGGCGACACAACCGGGGCGACGGAGUCGGAUCCUCUCAUCAUGCCCAAGUCGUCCUCCAGGGACAGAGUAUCGAGCUUUCCGCGGAAUCGGAGCGCGCAAAUUUUUGUUACCCGAUCAACCAGUGUGUCUGUGACUCGGUGUGCACUGGAAUGCUACGAAUGCGACCAAGAAAGCUGUAGUCCAUACGGAAUCAAACGCACGUGCGACACUCCGCACUGUGUUGAAGCUUACAAGGAUGACACGAAAGAAGUGCUGGUGAGCCGUGGUUGUGGCACGGGGCCUGGAAUCGGAUGCCAAACCGAGGGAGAGACCUAUUUCUGCUACUGCGGUCGGGACUUGUGCAACCGACGUUUGGCAAAGGUUUUCACAUCUGCUGCACCAGAUCAGAAUCAACGUGGUUCAAUAUGGCUACUGUUGGUCUGCAUCACAAUGACCUGGACUCUCAUUUUGCUCUCUCGUGGUCCAGUGACUGUUGUUUUGCGCCGAUGAGCCAAUGCAGUCGUCUGAUGGACCCAAGAUUCCGGAAGUCACAAAACACAGGCGUUAUUCAUCAGUAACUAAACCUUUUUCAUCGUAUUGUGAAUGAUUUCGAUGGAUAUUUUGACAAGAAAGACAUGUUCAAAAGGGGGUUGAGUCCAUGGAGAUGAUUUCAAGAUCGACCAGCAGUUCUGUUCACCAAAAAAAUGCACAUCUGUUCGCAUCACCUAUUGUAAUAGAUUAAAGUUUACCACGCAGGUACAUUUCCACGGACGAAUAAAAAAUGUAUUCAUAGCAGAGA